AAAACUCUUAACAAAAUGAUGGCUGUAGCUGCUGCCCAAAAGAACCGCGAAAUGUUCGCCAUUAAAAAAUCAUACAGUAUUGAGAAUGGUUAUCCAUCUCGCCGCCGCUCCUUGGUGGAUGAUGCCCGCUUUGAAAGCUUGGUUGUCAAACAAAACAAACAAAUUGUUUUGGAAGAGGCCCGCACCAAGGCUAAUGAUGGUUCCUUGGAAGAUGCCAUCAUGCAAGCCAAGGGCGAACAUGUACCCACCCAAGAACAAAUUGAAUUGCAAGAUGAACAACAGCUAGAAAAUCUAGAUGUUGUCGAUGAUAUUGAACAAAAUGAUUUUGAAGUUACAAUUGAAUCUGAAAUGCCAGCUGAAUCUGAAUCAACUCAGGAAUCUAAUGAUAAUAGCGAUGAAUCUAGUGAUAAUAAACAAAAUACAGAUGAUGCUGGUUUAACUGAAGAUGAAAUUGUUCUGGCCAAUGCCGCCAGUGAAUCUCCUGAAGCCGAAAAUGCCGUACAAAAUGCCGCCUUGAUUGUACGCCUCAAGGAGGGUAUCACCUCUUUGGGUCGCAUCUUGAAGGCCAUUGAAAACUACCAUGGCACCAUUCAACAUGUUGAAUCACGCCAAUCCCGUUCCGAGGGUGUUGAUCACGAUGUCCUCAUCAAGUUGAGCAUGACUCGUGGUAAUCUCUUGCAAUUGAUUCGUUCGCUACGCCAAACCGGCUCCUUCAGCAGCAUUAAUUUGAUGGCUGAAAACAAUAUCAGUGUCAAGGCUCCCUGGUUCCCCAAACAUGCCUCCGAACUGGAUAACUGCAAUCAUUUGAUGACCAAAUACGAACCCGAUUUGGAUAUGAACCACCCCGGCUUUGCCGAUAAAGUCUAUCGCCAGCGUCGUAAGGAAAUUGCCGAAAUCGCUUUCGCCUACAAAUACGGAGAUCCAAUUCCCCACAUUGAAUACACCGAAGUGGAGGUUAAGACCUGGCGUUCUGUGUUCCGUAUGGUCAAGGAAUUGACACCCAAGCAUGCUUGCAUUGAAUACCGCAAUGCCUUCAAGAAAUUGGAAGAAGAGAAAAUCUUUGUGGAGGAUCGUCUGCCACAAUUGCAGGAAAUGUCGGACUUUUUGCGUAGAAAUACCGGUUUCACUUUGAGGCCAGCUGCUGGGCUGUUGACAGCUCGUGACUUCUUGGCUUCGUUGGCAUUCCGUAUCUUCCAAUCGACACAAUAUGUUCGUCAUGUGAAUUCACCAUUCCACACACCCGAACCUGAUUGCAUCCAUGAACUGUUGGGUCACAUGCCCUUGUUGUCCGAUCCCAGCUUUGCUCAAUUCUCACAGGAAAUUGGCUUGGCUUCAUUGGGUGCCUCCGAUGAUGAAAUUGAAAAAUUAUCUACCGUCUACUGGUUCACCGUUGAAUUCGGUCUCUGCAAGGAACACGGCGAGGUGAAGGCCUACGGUGCCGGUCUCUUGUCCGCCUAUGGUGAACUUUUGCACGCCAUCUCCGACAAGUGUGAACAUCGUCCCUUCGAACCCGCCUCCACCGCUGUCCAACCCUAUCAGGAUCAAGAAUACCAACCCAUCUACUAUGUGGCCGAAAGUUUCGAUGAUGCCAAGGACAAAUUCCGUCGCUGGGUGUCCACCAUGUCGCGUCCCUUCGAGGUGCGUUUCAAUCCCCACACCGAACGUGUAGAAAUUUUGGAUAGUGUGGAGAAAUUGGACACCCUGUUGCAUCAGAUGAACACAGAAAUUCUGCACUUGACCAAUGCCAUAAACAAAUUGCGUCGUCCUUUCUAAAUCCAGCCA